AAAUUCAUUACAGUCCUUUUAAAAAAAGGUUUGGUCAUUUGUUAAGUGCAUAUGAUGUUAUCAAUGCUUUCGUUUACGAACUUAAAACUAUUGCAUCAGCAUAGACUUUUGAAAAACUGGCAUUAUUUACUGUGUUAACAUCAUGCAGGUUUUACACAGAAACACACACCUGCACAGGUAACUGCAGACUCCUAUACAGUCCGCCACUAUCCCAUCGUCCUCCGCUGCUGGGCGGAUCACUGUAGUCCUCCCCAUUCCCACAAUCCCCUCGUUUGAGGAAUCUGCUUUUGAUUUCAAUGAUGGAGGAAGAGGAGCUCGAAUUUGUGGACGAAUUGGAGGCGAUUUUACACCUCACCCCCGAGGUGCAGCAGGCGAUAGAGCAGGUGUUUCCGAGCCAGGACCCCCUGGACAGAGCUGACUUCAACGCUGUGGAGUAUAUCAACACGCUCUUCCCCACCGAACACUCAUUGGCCAACAUAGAUGAUGUCGUGAACAAGAUUCGCUUUAAAAUCCGACGUCUGGAUGAUAAUAUCAGAACGGUUGUGAGAGGGCAGACCAACGUGGGACAGGAUGGCAGACAGGCUCUUGAAGAGGCACAGAAAGCCAUCCAGCAGCUCUUCGGCAAAAUUAAAGACAUCAAAGACAAGGCAGAGAAAUCUGAGCAAAUGGUUAAAGAAAUCACCCGGGAUAUCAAGCAGCUGGACCAUGCCAAGCGUCACCUGACCACCUCCAUCACCACACUGAACCACCUGCACAUGCUGGCCGGGGGGGUGGACUCUCUAGAGGCGAUGACUCGACGGAGGCAGUACGGCGAGGUGGCUAACCUGCUGCAGGGGGUGGUGAAUGUGCUGGAGCACUUCCACAAGUACAUGGGAAUCCCACAGAUCCGCCAGCUCUCAGAAAGAGUAAAAGCUGCACAGACUGAACUGGGGCAGCAGAUUCUGGCAGACUUUGAAGAGGCUUUUCCUUUGCAAGGAACCAAGCGACCCGGGGGUCCCAGUAACGUUUUGCGAGACGCCUGCCUCGUAGCCAAUGUGCUCGAUCCCCGAAUCAAACAGGAAAUUAUCAAAAAGUUCAUCAGGCAGCACCUGUCCGAAUACCUGGUUCUCUUCCAGGAAAACCAAGAUGUGGCCUGGUUGGAUAAGAUUGACCGGCGCUACGCCUGGAUCAAAAGGCAGCUGGUGGAUUACGAGGAGAAGUACGAGCGCAUGUUCCCAGGGGAGUGGUGCAUGACGGAGCGCAUCGCUGUGGAGUUCUGUCACAUCACCAGGAUAGAGCUGGCGAAGCUGAUGAGAACGAGGGCAAAGGAGAUUGAGGUGAAGCUGCUUCUCUUUGCCAUCCAGAGAACCACGAACUUCGAGGGGCUGCUGGCCAAGCGCUUCUCUGGCAGCACGCUGCGAGACGGUGGCGGGAAGAAACCGGAGCCACCUCCUCCUUCGACAAACCCCUUCCUGGAGGACGAGGCCGGGAGCGAUGAGUCCUCUCUGGAGAGGGACGAGGACCUGGACAAGCCAAAGAAGCCCAAAGCCCCUGACAACCCCUUCCACGGCAUCAUCUCCAAGUGCUUUGAGCCCCAUCUCUACGUCUACAUAGAGUCGCAGGACAGGAACCUGGGGGAGCUGAUUGACCGCUUCGUGGCUGAUUUCCGAGCUCAGGGUCCCCCCAAGUCCAGCACAGACGAUGCGGGGGCCGUGCUGCCCAGCUGUGCUGAUCUCUUUGUCUAUUAUAAGAAGUGCAUGGUGCAGUGCUCCCUGCUCAGCACCGGAGAGCCCAUGAUCGCCCUCUCCACCAUCUUCCAGAAGUACCUGCGCGAGUAUGCCUGGAAGAUCCUCUCUGGGAACCUGCCCAAGACCUCCAGCAGCAGCAGCGGGGGGCUAACCAUCAGCAGCCUCCUGAAGGAGAAGGAGGGUCCGGAGGCAGCCAAGUUCUCUGUGGACGAGCUGUGCCUGGUCUGCAGCAUCCUCAGCACUGCCGAGUACUGCCUGGCCACCACGCAGCAGCUUGAAGAGAAGUUGAAGGAGAAGGUUGAUAAGAUCCUGGUCGAGAGGAUAAACCUGACUGGAGAGAUGGACACCUUCAGCAAUGUGAUCUCAAACAGUAUCCAGUUGUUAGUGCAAGACCUGGAUGCAGCCUGUGAUCCUGCUCUUACUGCCAUGAGUAAGAUGCCGUGGCAGAACGUGGAGCACGUAGGCGACCAGAGCCCCUACGUCACCUCCAUUAUCAUGCACAUCAAGCACAACGUCCCAGUCAUUCGGGACAACCUCGCCUCCACGCGCAAAUACUUCACCCAGUUCGUCAUUAAAUUCGCCAACUCCUUCAUUCCGAAGUUCAUUAACCACCUCUUCCGAUGCAAGCCAAUCAGCAUGGUGGGAGCAGAGCAGCUCCUGCUGGACACUCACUCUCUGAAGACGGUUCUGCUGGAUCUGCCCUCCAUCGGGUCCCAGGUGGUCCGCAAGGCGCCCGCCAGCUACACCAAGAUCGUGGUGAAGGGCAUGACGCGCGCGGAGAUGAUCCUCAAGGUGGUGAUGGCCCCUCAUGAGCCCUCCGUUGUGUUUGUGGACAAUUAUAUCAAACUCCUCGCUGAUGGAAACCCUGAAACAUUUCAGAAGAUUCUAGACAUGAAGGGCCUGAAGCGCAGUGAGCAGAGCAGCAUGCUGGAGCUCUUCAGACAGAGACUGCCCACACCCCCCUCGGGAGCAGAGGGCACCCCCUGCCUGACCUACAGCACCCCCACCCCCGAGCAGGAGUCUUCCAGGAUCCGCAAGCUGGAGAAGCUCAUCAAAAAGAGGCUGUGAACCGAGACAGACUGGGGUACCCCCCCUCCCCCCCAACGCACAUCUCCCCCUACUGCUGCUGCGUCCGCCAUCGAAACAGGAGCAAGAAGAAAAGAGAAGCUACCAGCCCAGACGUGUUUCCAGAAGAUCUAGUAAAAGGAACGCUCAAGUUCUGUAAAGAGAGUGAUAUUUCUUGUUUUAUUUAAUGUGUGUGUGCAACUCUCACAUGCCUGGACUGAGGUUCAGUUUCUGAAUUUUUAAACUCUUUGUCUUAAUCAGGAAUUCUUGACUGGACACGGCUGUUCUGUUCUAUUGGGACCCAGUGUAACAAAAUGCUCUGCUUCCCGUAUGCAAAGUGAUUAUAAAGGCAGAGUGCUUUAUUAAUGACCCUGGAACAGGAAAACCUCUUUAGCGUCAGUUCUGUAAUGCCACAUGGCAGGUAGGUGUUGGGGAGAACAAUCUGAUGUUCAAUUAGUGCCAUAGGAGACACUGGUCGUGUACUGCAGUUUUCCACUGGAAUCCGAACAUGUGUGCCUGAUUCGGUGAGAAACACUACAGGGUCUCGCUAGAAUGGAUCAGAUGCUGUGGUGCAAAUUGUGCAUUGAAUGUGAUUUUGUUCUCCCCAUCACCUGAUUAAUGCACGUGGGAAUUAUAUUGCUGUGAAAGCCGUCUUAUUGUAGCAAAUGGAAUAUAUGAGAGAAACGCAGCUGCUCCAUCCUGUACACCGCUCAUCAGCAGGGGCUCUGAUCUUUAAGAUCAGGGCACUACAUCUGGGUUGAGUUCAGUUUUUGCUGUCUCUGCAAGAUAUUUUUUUGCCUGGGUUGGGUAGGGAGAUUAAAAAUAAUAAAAAAGUCAAGGUUAACUAAAGCCUAAAUAGAAGAAACGCAUGACUUCCAGGUAAUUGUUGCUAAAGGAACAAAUUGUGCUUUUGCCACUUGUGUGGUUUCAGCACUGCAAAGAUCCUGUUGAGAUUGGAACACACUUUACCUCCAGGCUCCGAUGUUUGAACCUUCCAGUAGAAAUAGGCGUUGUCUCUGGGGUCCUGGGUACUUGCAAUUCCAACAUUGGCAUUGCAGGAGGAGUUGAAGUUGGGGCUUGCUGUAGCUUCUCAAUGAGAAAUUACGGCUUUGUCAUGGUUAACCAUGGUUUUUACUAUGCUAAACCUUACUGCAGUUCACCAUAUGUGCUUUACCUAGCCUUCGCUAUGCUGUGCUACACUUUACCAUGCUUUUACCAUGCCAGUCAGCUCAACCUUUGCAGAGGGUCACAAACUUGAUUCGUAAGCGAUGUAUCUAACAGCUGUUUGGAGAUGGCCAGCAGAUCAUUGUACAGCCUAGAAGGGGCCAGCGAGAAGCUGGAGGGCUCCCCUGUUAGCUGCGUCCCAGGCACCUUGCCAGAUGGCAAGAAAAGACCUCAAUAAUGUGCUCUUUGUUUAAAGUGCCGCUUCCCUGUUUUUUUUUGCAGUUCCUUUCUCAUGUUUAUCUGUGCUGAUCGAGGAGUCCUGUCGGAACACAGAUUAGACUACAAAGGAGUAGCAGGGGGGGGAGGGGACACAGACGCACAUGAACAGAGCUGUGAAAGGGAGAGUUCACGGUCAGGAGGAGCUGUUGCAGCACUUGCUCUUUGCAAAACCCUGAUGUAGAAACCCAUGUUAAAGAUAAGGCCAUCUAAUGAUUGCCUGCCCCUCCCUGUGCAGGAAGUUGGGUUAGUUUGGGUCUGAGCGGUGCGGAUUGCUUAAAGGGGGAGAGUGUGUGGUCUGAAUACUGGUUACUGUAAAGGUUCAGAGCACAAAAACACAAUCCUCAACAAAUUAAAAAAAAAAAAAAAAAAAAACGUUACCUGAAUUUUGGUACAUCUGUUCAUUUUUCAUAUUAUUUAUGUCAGUAUAUCCUGCAAGUAUAUUUCUUCACGUGCAAACUGUUAAAGAUUCUAGAAGUCAUCUGUUGGUCAUACACGAUAUGGGUCGACUCUCUCCUUGUCUGUCUUUUUCUUCUCUCUAACGCAGUGUAAGAAUGGAUGGAUUUGUAAUGUUCUGUACUUGAAACUUCAUGAUAGUAAGAAGCCAAAGCAUGGUCUUUUCUAUCCUAGCAGAACAGAAGCCUCGUCCAUUCUGGACAAGUCACCAGAAUAAAUCUCCACAGGUGACUGUAAAUCGGGGGGGGGGGGGGGAUCUUUUG